AUGUCGUCCAUGUUGCGGAUAGGGCGAGAUCGCCGCAGGCCGGAAUCGGCCGUCCUCGAGCAGUUCGCACCGGAUGGGAGGAACCUCUCCGACACUACGCACCCCGACUAUGACCCUGCGACCGAUCCAGAACUCCGUCUACGAGUCGUCCGAACCGCUGCUGACUCGAUCAACGUCACAAACGAGGAGGAAGACCGACGGCGGUUCAAACGCUUCGCGUCUCGGCGGCAGAAGAAGGCAGAGAGCGGGUCUGCACUCAAGCCUCGGCGGACGAUCUUUGGUCGACGGAAACGGCGGAUAUCUGAGGAGCCGGAGAGUCAUGAUGGACAUGCAGCGCAGUCGGAAGAGGGAGGAAUGGCUGCCGAGAUGGACGACGAGGAGCGGGCGAACGUCGAGCGUAGAUUGACGAGGCUUGCGGCAGCGGCCGAAGCGGAAGAAUCUGCGCGCCGGCAGGAGAAGCAGGACGGUGGUACGAGCGGGAAGGGCUGGCUGAAGAAGGACAAGAAGGAGAAGGGACGGCGGGUCGUCUAUGUUAACGUCGAGGGUGUCUUGACGGAUCCUCGAGGGUACGAGCGGAACAAGGUCCGGACGAGCAAGUACACCUUGCUGUCGUUCGUGCCGAAGAACUUGACCGAGCAGUUCCGCCGCAUCGCCAAUGUCUACUUCCUUGGCCUCGUCGUUCUCCAGGUCUUCCCCAUCUUCGGCGCCGCCUCUCCCCAAGUCGCCAUGCUUCCUCUCGUCGCCAUCCUCUGCAUCACCGGCAUCAAAGACGGUGUCGAAGAUCUCCGUCGACACGCGCUUGACAACGAAGUCAAUAACUCGGCUGUGACGCGAUUAGGAGACUGGACAAACGUGAACGUGCCGGAGGAAGACAGGCCGUGGUGGGCGUUCUGGCGGAGACCGAAUCCGAACCACCGCGUCUCGAAGGGCGUGCGGAAGUUGCGCGAGAAGGAGGGCAGCUACGACGUUGGCUUCCUCUACGCCGAGCAGCCUGGAGCGGCCGAGUCGAGCAUGACGCUCGGCGGCGAAUCGAUCCAGAUUGCAGGUCCUGGCGCAAGGGCGAGGGGCGACAGUUCGGCUUCGACGAUGGUACCCGCUGGCAAGGCCGAUUCGACCUACACAGUCGACAGUCUCGCAUAUGGCACCGGUCAAGCCUCGUAUCCGCCUCGACUACUCCGCUCUUACACGCUCGAAACGACUCCCUCGACCGAUCCCAGCUAUCCUCCUUCCGCCCUCGGCCGCUCCACCCGCUCGAAGCGCUCGAGCAGCGAUGUUGUCUCGUAUGAACAUGCGACACCCGGCACGGCCAAGUGGGAGCGCACGUUGUGGAAGAAGCUUGAGGUCGGCGACAUCGUCCUACUGAAGGAGAACGACCAAAUUCCUGCCGACAUCGCCGUCCUCGCGACGUCCGACUCGGACGGGGUCUGCUACGUCGAGACGAAAAACCUUGACGGCGAGACGAACCUGAAACCUCGUAAGGCGCUAAAAGCGACGAUGGGCAUCGCGAACGAGGAGGACGUCGAGCAUGCGCGGUUCUGGGUCGACAGCGAGCCGCCGCAUGCAAACCUGUACUCGUACAACGGUGUGCUGCGGUGGCGGUCGAGGGAGGAGAAGCUGGGACUCGAGCAUCCGAUCAUCGAGGGUCGGACGCGGGAUCAGGGCGAGGAGAUGCAGGCGAGUCGCGAGGCGGUCACGAUCAACGAGCUCUUGCUUCGAGGUUGCGCCCUCCGCAACACGAAGUGGGUGAUCGGCCUCGUCGUUUUCACCGGCGCAGACACCAAGAUCAUGCUCAACCAAGGCGAGACGCCUUCGAAGCGGUCCAAGAUCGAGAAGGAAACGAACUUCAACGUCUUGGUCAACUUCUUCGUCCUCGUCGCGCUGUGCGUCGGUUGCGCGAUCGGUGGAGGUAUCUAUGACAACCAGUCUGGCCGGUCAGCACAGUAUUACGAGCCUGGCGGAGAGUACUCGAGCUACGCGGCCGUCAACGGGCUCAUCACGUUCGGCGCAACCCUCAUCCUCUUCCAGAACAUCGUCCCGAUCUCGCUUGUCAUCACGGUCGAGCUCGUCAAGACGAUCCAGGCGUUCUUCAUCUACCAGGACAUCGACAUGUACUACGAACCGCUCGACCACCCUUGCGUGCCCAAGACGUGGAACAUCAGCGACGACCUCGGUCAGAUCGAGUACAUCUUCUCCGACAAGACCGGCACCCUGACGCAGAACGUCAUGGAGUUCCAGAAGUGCGCAGUCGGAGGCGUCUCGUACGGCGAGGGCAUCACGGAGGCGAUGCUCGGCGCGGCGAGGCGAGAAGGGCGGGAUACGUCGGCGGUCGACCCGGCGCAGAACGUCGAGCACCUCACGCAGCGCAAGGAGCAGAUGGUUCGGACGCUCCGCGGCGGCUUCAAGAACCGCUACCUCCAGGACGACAAGGUCACGCUCAUCUCGCCGCCGAUGGCGGACCAGCUUGUCGCCCGGGGGACUGAGCAGCAUCAACGCCUCGUCGACUUCUGGCGGGCACUCGCAGUCUGCCACACCGUCUUGACGGAGCGACCUGACGAGUCGAAUCCCGACAUCCUCGAGUACAAGGCCGAGUCGCCCGAUGAGGCGGCGCUCGUUUCGGCCGCUCGAGACGCAGGCUUCGUGUUCCUCCACCGCACGAACCAGGAGAUCUCGCUCGAAGUCCUCGGCCAGCCAGAAAGAUACGUCCCUCUCCGCACCCUCGCCUUCAACUCGGCUCGCAAGCGCAUGAGCUCGAUUGUCCGCACGCCCGAAAAGCGCAUCCUCCUCAUCUGCAAGGGCGCCGACAGCGUCAUCUACCAGCGUUUGCGAGACGACCACGACCAAUCCGUCAUCGACACGACGUCGAAGCAGCUUGAAGACUUUGCGAAUGCCGGCCUGCGGACGCUCUGCAUCUCGAGCCGUUACUUGUCGGAGGAAGAGUUUCAGAGCUGGAGCAAGCAGUACGACAAGGCUUGCGCGGCCAUCGAGGACCGCGAGGAGGCGAUCGAGCGGGCAUGUGAGCUGGUCGAGCACGACUUGACGAUUCUUGGUGCGACGGCGCUCGAGGACAAGCUGCAGGUCGGCGUGCCCGAGGCGAUCGCUCAGCUACACAAGGCCGGCAUCAAGCUGUGGAUCCUGACGGGCGACAAGCUGCAGACCGCCAUCGAGAUCGGCUUCAGCUGCAACCUGCUAACGAACGAGAUGGAGAUUAUCAUCAUAUCUGCCGAGUCGGAGGAGGGAACUCGCGCCCAGAUUGGGGCCGCCCUCGACAAGGUCAACCGGAGUCGCAGUGGUCUAGCCCAGCUCGACACGGACGUCCACGGCGAGAAGAUCACGGGCGCCGUCAAAGCCGACGGCUUUGCGGUUGUCAUCGACGGCGAAACUCUCCGUCACGCCCUCGACAACGCCCUCAAGCCGAUGUUCCUCGAACUCACGACCCAGUGCAACGCCGUCGUCUGCUGCCGCGUCUCGCCAAGCCAGAAGGCGCUCACGGUCAAGCUCGUCAAGGACGGCAAGAACGCAAUGACCCUGGCUAUCGGAGAUGGCGCCAACGACGUCGCCAUGAUCCAGGAGGCGCAUAUCGGCGUUGGCAUCGCCGGUCUCGAGGGCGCGCAGGCGUCGAUGUCGGCCGACUACGCGGUCGGGCAGUUCCGCUACCUCACCAAGCUCCUCCUCGUCCACGGCCGGUGGUGCUACAUCCGCGUCGCCGACAUGCACGCCAACUUCUUCUACAAGAACAUCGUCUGGACCCUCACCCUCUUCAUCUUCCAGUUCUUCUGCAACUUCGACUCGACCUACCUCUACGAGUACACGCUCCUCAUGCUCUUCAGUCUCGUCUUCACCUCGCUCCCCGUCGCCGUCCUCGGCAUCUUCGACCAGGACGUGCACGCCAAGACGGCACUUGCCUUUCCCCAGCUGUACCGGCGCGGCAUCCUCGGCAAGGAGUGGACGCGCGGCAAGUUCUUCGGGUUCAUGCUCGAUGGGCUGUACCAGUCGGUCAUCGCGUUCGGCGUUCCUUACUUCGUCUACUCCUGGUCAUCGACCCUGUCCGUCACGGGCCACGACUUUUCGAUUUGGGAACUGGGCACGACCGUCGCCGCCUGCGCCGUCACCGCCGCCAACCUCUUCGUCGGCCUGCACAUCCGCUAUUGGACCUGGAUGGUCUUCGUCAUCAUCAUCGGCUCGACGCUCGCCUUUCACGUCUGGAUCGCCAUCUACUCGCAGUUCCCGACCUUUUUCUUCCAGGGCGAGGUCGUUUACCUGUACGGCACUCUCAACUUCUGGACGUCGAUCCUCAUCGUUCAAGUCAUCGCCAUCGGCCCACGUUACUUGUGGAAGUACAUCCGCUCGACCUACUUCCCGAUCGACUCGGACGUCGUUCGCGAGAUGCAAGUCCUCGGUACCUGUGGACCCGGUCAACCUCGCGGCGAUCUCGAGGCGGGUCAGUCGGGCGGCUUCCUGCCUAUCGAGCCGACGCACGGCGUCGAGACGCGCGAGCACCUCCCGCUCGUCCAGUCGACGGAUAAGGCGGCGCCGGUUCAGCUGCGCGAGCGGACUUUCUCCGCUCAGACGCUCGACUCGGAGCCGACUACACCAUGGGAGAGCAUCACACCUGUCCCUCGCUCGCCAGUCACGCCGCAAACCGGUUCGCACUCGCCUCAUUCACCUUACUCUCCUCACUCUCCUCGCUCGCUUCACACGCCUGCCCCUCCCUCGCCCUUCGGUCCCUCCUCUUACGCAUCGUCUCCCCCUUACGCCUCGGCCACCUCGACGCCGCUCGGCUCGCCGCCCAUGACCUCCUCACCCGCCGGCGUGCCCGCCAUCCGCGUCGACGACGCCACUCCUCGCGAGUCGUACGUCUCGCGCCUCAGCUCGCAGCCCAGCUCGCACCACGUCACGAGCGAGUCGGGCGAGUUUGAUGUCCUCGACUAUGCGAACCACCGCGACUCGCAGUGGGUCGCGCAGGGCGUGCCGCCCGUGACCGAGGCGGACCUCUUCGCUCGCUCGCCGCUCGAAGCGGCUCACAGGCAGUGGCGGAGCGAGGCGUCGAGCGCGACGGGCGACAGCUUCCACAGCGCCUCGCAGUCGCCCGCGACGUCGCCUCCUCCCGGCCAGCACUCGUUCUCGCCCUCGCACCAGCAUCAGCCGUCUUAUGCCUCGGUCGGCGGUUACGCCAUGUAG